AGUCUUCAUGCUCAAAUUUGACCCGACAUCUCUGGGUUGCUAUGCCCCCUCCCUGCUUGACAUGCUUUCGCAGCCUGCACUUGGAGCCUUCGCCGUCGGAGAACUUCCGGGUGAAAAUUAUUCGAGAGGAAGGAAAGCCUUUGGGGUUUCUGGUGGCCUUUCACUCCAUGGUCCAAGGCCUUGUGAUUCAGGACGUAAGGGAUGAUUCUGUGGCAGCGGAACAGUGGAGACGUCAACGCCCCGAAAGUCCGAUGGAAAUUGGCCAAGCCAUUAUUGAAAUCAACGAGCGCACCAGCCUCGACGACAUGAUGGAUGUGUUACACUCGUCAAAUGAGUUUGACAUGCUGAUCAGCACGACACUCACGCCAUCGCAACGCUGGACACUCUUGGAAUCGUCCAAGAGGCGUGCGCGCGCGGCCUCCACAUAG